AUGAUGGAAACCGAUACAAAGGCGACCUCGGGCAGUGACGUCGAACAUGGCAGCUCUGGCACAGGAAGUGUCCUUCCCGAGACCAAGGAGGUCAGGAAAAGUACAGACCAGAAAAGGCACCCAAGAGAGGAUUGGUCAUCAUGGAGAUGGCCGUGUGUUCAAGUAGCUUUUAUCCUAGGCGGUAUGCUCCUGGGUUACGACGUCAGCAAUAUCGCGAACAUCCAACCUCCGAUUUAUGAAGCAUUCGGAAAUGUUCAUCUUUUACCAUGGGUCGCCACGGGUUACACUGCGUCCCAAGUAUGCCUGGUUCCGCUCGUACGCAAACUUGCGGUCCUUGGCAGCGUUAAAUGGCAAAUCGUUGUCUACACAACAAUCUUCAUGGUUGGCGCCGCUGUAUCGGGCUCAGCUACUGGCAUAAACUCGGUCAUUAUCGGUCGUGUUGUUGCGGGUAUUGGAGGGGCUGGUAUCUACCAGCUGGUUCUUCUCGUCAAUGUAUUCGUUUCCACGCCUGCAGAAUUGCCCCGUUUGCAAGGUCUGAUGGCGGUGUCCUGGGCUAUCGGACUUACUUUGGGCCCUGUUAUUGGUGGUGCCUUUGCCGAAAACCAGAACGCCACCUGGAGAUGGGCCAUGUACCUGAACUUACCGAUUCUCGCCGUCAUCGGAGUGCUCAUCUUUGUAGCGUUGCCCCCAUUCAUGUGGCACCCAAUGUGCCUAUAG